UUUACCCUAAAACUUCUCAUCGAUGAGGAGAAAAACAGAGUUGUUUUGGCUGAGACUGGUAAGGAUUUUGCUGAUGUACUCUGCAGCCUUUUGACUCUUCCUAUGGGAACCAUUGUCAGGUUGUUGGAGAAGCAUCGAAAUCCUCAGUCUUCAAUCGUUGGUUGCUUUCACAAUCUUUACAGAAGCGUUUCAGAGAUGGACGUUGAUAAUUUCGAGACUCAAGCUUGUAAGAGUUUGAAGCUGAAGCUGAACGUAUACAGCACUAUUAGUACUUUAAGGUGUAGCUGUGGAAGCUUAAUGACCCGCGAGUUUCAUCUUGAUGAAGCAGAGCAAGCUGAUGGUUGUUUAGGAAAUAAAGUCGAUGGAGUAUUUCUCAGCUGCAGAACGUCAUUUAUCAUCACCGAUGAUCUGAAAAUGGCACUAAACUCUAUUGGUCUUGUACUGAAUGUCCUCAAUGAUCUUGGCUAUGCAGGUUUCGAUAAGCUGAAAGAAAUGCUUAUUGAUGUUGGUUUUGAAGAGGUGAUGACUCUUCUAGGGUGUUUAUUCACUUCGGAUGCUCCCUUGACAGACACAUUCCUGAGGAAAUAUUGUGUGGCAAGAAAGCCUAAAAUGUUGAGACCACUGGUGCAAGAAAGCAGAGGUUCAGGAGAAGCCAGUGAAGUUGUAACUUUGAAAGUUUACAUUAGAAAGUCAGAUAGAGCGAUCCUCUAUGCGGAAUGCAGAGAAGAGUUUGUUGAUUUUCAUUUCACAUUUCUUGUUAUACCGCUUGAGUCUGCUUGGGAAAUCUUUGUUGACAAUGUGAUUAUGGGGUGUGUUGGGAAUCUGCGGAGAAGCGUGAAAGACUUGAGCUUUGAGCAGAGAAAAGAAGCCACUGGUUUUAAGUGCAAGCUUCCUUACUACUACAGUUGCCGAACACAGCUUCUUGAUGUUGUCAUCCAAGAGAUGCCAGAAUACGAAUGUUUGGUUUCACGUCGAAGUUAUAACAGUAGCAGGCUCUCCAAAACCAUCAAGAAGAGUAGUGUUCUUGCAGACGGUGAAAGAAUUGCCAAGUUAACUCCAUUGGUCACUUCAGAUUCAACUAGGGAAACGAAUUUCAUAGUGUCAGAUGAUCUAGUUGUCACUCCUAUGAACUCAUCCUUAACAAUUUCAUUGCUAAGUAAGUUGCAGAUGAAUAUCGGUGAUAUCGAGGAGCAAGUGAUUAGCAUUGGCAAAACUGAAGCCAUCAGCUUACUGAGAGCUUCUUUGAUUACCACCUCUGCAUUAACCAAUGGUCUCUCCAACUUCCUCUCAAACAUGAAGCCAAAAGAAGCAACUCCAUCAACAUUUAAGAUACCAAAAUCUGAAAAACUCCUUUAA